ACGGUCUCCUGAGUGGUGACUCAGGCCGGCAUGUUGGGUGUUGCUGGAGGUUUCCUGACCUCUGUGUGCGGACAGACGCAGAAGAUGUGAACGUUUGAAAAGCGAAACAGAGAAACUGAGCAGUCAUGAGUGUGAAACAUGUUACCAGGAGACCAUUCACCUGUGGACGGGACAGGGGGACUGAGCAGCCCGACUGAAGCCAGUGCGUCUUUAAAAUCCACACAGGAAACCCUUACAGCAUGUGACCCCAUUACCAGAGGAAAUACCACCCCAACUGACUCCAUUAGCACCCAGCCUCGGCCGGCAGCGGCCCCACCAGCAGAGGCCUCACAGGAGGCAGCAGAGAGUAAGAGGCCCACCUGCUCGCGAUGUGGCCUCACAGUCUCAAAGCACAAACUGUCCCCCGUCUCGCCGGCUGUGAGUCGAUUGCAGGGAUCCAGACUGUCGGUGCACAGCAGCAGCAGCAGCAGGAGGAGCAGGAGCACUAACAGGAGCAGGAGCAGUGUGGCUGAAUCCCACCGACCUCCUGCUGACUCCUGCUUACACCUGCUGCUGGCGUGCUUGUUCUGUCAGUGCUCCGUGCUGCUCCUGGGUGUGUUGGAGGCCUGCUCCUCCUGCCUCCACAGCCUCUGCUCCUCCUGCUGCCACGCUUGCGCCCGCUGCUGUUCGGCCGUUGAGGAUGUGCCCGUGGAGGAGUUCAAUUGCAACGCACACUGCCACUCGGUGUUGUUCGAGUCCUGCUGUGAGCCCACCGAGUGUCUGGAGUUUUGUCUUGAGUGCUGCGAGAUCUGCCAUCGCAGCUGAGGGGAAGUGGGACCGCUGUGUUCUGUGGACUUUAAUACAAGACGUGAUGAGACUGAAAGAGAAGAUUUACAAGCAAUGUGGAAGACUAACUCUACUUUGACAAAUCUUGUGACUGAAUAUCUGUUUUUAUGACCAACAAAGUUAGAACAAGCUGGAUCAGCUGCCUGAACACUGCAAUCCUUCUGGAUCACUGAUGUUCCUGUGAAAUAUUCAAACAUGGACUUCAACCAAUGCAGUCAAGGAGCCUUAAUCUGCCUUUAUGACUUCUAGCUUCUUAAAAUAAAAUAAAUCAUCCAUUACUUUGGAUAAAGUGCA